UCACGUGCAAACUACUAAAAAGUGUAUCCGUUUUCACUCUCUUCUUCGUUAGCCGCCAAGUCAAACUCAAACUAGGGUUCAUAAUUUACAGACCAUGGAAGACGAAGAAGAGCAUGGAAUUCUUUUGUACUAUCAAUAUGCCACAAUACCUGAUCUUGAUGCUCUUCUUCACUUCUUUAGAACGAAUUGCUCAUCGCUUCAACUUCUGGGUCGUGUGCGUAUUGCUCCUCAUGGUGUCAAUGUCACGGUGGGGGGAAAAAUUUCAUCACUGCAGAAACAUAUGGCUGCAGUCCAAUCUAAUGCCUUAUUUGAAGGAUGUGACUUCAAGCUUGCUUCAUGCCAUUCUCCAAAGAAUAUUUCGAUUGCUAAAGAGUGUGGAUUCACUUCUCUUUCUAUUCGAGUUGUUAAGGAAUUAGUUACUCUCAGUUCUCAUCCAUGGAUAGAGUCCCCAACUAUUUCCAAUGCUGGGAAACAUCUCACAGCUGUGGAGUUUCACUCCAUUCUCCAGAUUGCAGGGGGGAACUACAAGAAAGAUGGAACCUUCCAGGGAUCAGACCUGAUUUCGUUACGUGAAUGUGGAGUGGGCCCUAGGGAUUCUAAUCUUUAUGACAAAUUUAUUCUAUUGGAUGCAAGAAAUGUAUAUGAGACAAGAAUUGGGAAGUUCCAAGCCCCAAAUAUUGAGACCUUGGAGCCAAAAAUUAGGCAGUAUAGUGAUCUACCAACUUGGAUAGACAAUAUUUCUGAGCAGCUGCAUGGUAAAUGCAUUCUCAUGUACUGCACUGGUGGAAUAAGAUGUGAAAUGGCGUCUGCUUAUAUUAGGAUGAAAGGUUCUGCUUUUGAGAACGUUUACCAGCUUUAUGGUGGUAUUCAAAGGUAUCUGGAGCAGUAUCCAGAUGGUGGAUUUUUCCAUGGAAAAAACUUUGUUUUUGAUCCCAGAAUAUCAGUUGGAAGUUCGGAUAAAAAGAUUGUUGGUUCCUGCUUACUUUGCGGUGUCCCGUUUGAUGAUUACUCAUCACGUUGCCGAUGCCAUCAUUGUCGAAUGCUGGUCUUGGUUUGCAAUAUUUGUCAGGAGAAAGGCCAUGCUGUUUACACUUGUGAGCUAUGCCAGAAAAAUGGAACUGGGAACCUGUUAUUGCCAUUUGAGGGCAGUGUCGAUCUUUCACCAUCAACACCUGAUGGAGCAAAUAGUGUAGAAUUAGAAUUAACAAAUCGGUGUGAUCCGACCUCAAAUGUGACCAACGUAGCUGCAGAACAUAAUGGUGAGACACGCUUCAUAUGUAGCAGGCUGCAAAAAAAACUUCGGAUUCUUUGCCUUCAUGGGUUUCGACAGAAUGCUUCAAAUUUCAAGGGUAGAACUGCCUCAUUUGCUAAGAAAAUCAAGCGCCUCGCAGAAUUAGUAUACAUAGAUGCGCCGCAUGAGGUGCCUUUUGUUUUCAGGCCACGAGCCUUCUCUGAUCAAGGUCCCCCUCUUGAGAAAUGCAACCGAAGGUUCGCUUGGUUCAUUUCACCUGAAUCUCACGCUCUCAAGGAUGAAGCUGAAGAACAUGAAGGCCCAAAGUGGGUUCAAGCCGAUGAGCCCUUUGAUCCACUUCAGUAUGAGAAGCAAACUGAGGGGUGGGAAACUUCAUAUGCUUAUAUUAUGGAAAUGGUUCAACGACUGGGCCCUUUUGAUGGGGUAUUGGGUUUCUCACAAGGAGCUGCCAUGGCUGCUACUCUCUGUGCAAAGCAAGAGAGGGAAAGUGAAGGCCAGUUGAGUUUUGGGUUUGUGAUAUUGUGUUCGGGUUUCCUCUCUCCUGUGAAAGAGUUGUUUCAGGGCCCCCCCAUCAAGUGCCCCUCGCUUCACAUUUUUGGUAGUGAGAGAGGAAACGACCGGCAGAUAACACAUGCUGUGAGUGUGGAGCUUGUGAGCAUGUUUAGCUCAGAUACUUCAGUUUUGUUGGAGCAUGAUUCAGGUCACAUUAUCCCCACACGACAAUCGUAUAUCGAUCAGAUUAAAGCCUUCCUUGAUGAGGGAGGUGUGCCAUGAUACAAUUGAAAACACCCCAAAGGUGUAUCCACCAUCCCUUUUUGAUGAUGGACACUGGCAUUUACCCCGGUAAGAAGAAUGGACCUGUCAGUAUAACAUGGAUCGUAUCAUAUGCCCUAGGCCAGUGUACUAUUAUAUAAUUUGGCUUCUAUGUUUGGGGCAUCAUCAUCAUGGUAAAGGUGGAUGAUGACCCUCAUCUUCUUGAUGGAGUGAUAUGGGAUUAGCCCUGGGGCAUGGGCUUCUCAUUAUCCCUCGCAUUGGGCUUGCAAGACUAUAAGAGGAGAAUGUUGUAUCGUGGUUUUAGAUAAUGUGAUGGCGACGCAUUUGAAGUAAAUGAUCUUGAAAAUGAAUUAUUCUAUCUCGGAUCUUUUAGAUUUUGACAAUUUUGUUUGUAUGAAUUUGUUAUUUAAUGUUUGCAAAAGCGGUUGUUUCCGUGGGGA